AUUUAGGCACUAGAGCAAUGAUGCAAGCAGCCGGCUUUGGUCGCGACGCUGGCUCAUAGCCGUUUCGUAAGAGGCACAGCCACACGCCUGUGGAUACGUGCCCUAUCGACGGAGCGAGCGCUUCCAGACAAAGGCGCCGGAAACGCUCCGCCAGCCACGGAGAGCGCCUCAAUAUAAGUGUCAGCACUAUGUUGCGGCGCCUCGUCGUCGUAGGAGCGGCCGUAGGCGUCGCCGCGUUCCAGCUGCCGGUACAGAAUUGUAAGAGACCGGCGCGGCCCACGAAAACCGCCGCCGCGCUCAUCGAGGACACGCAAGCGACAAGCGCAGCCGUGCCCGACGCGGCCGAGAACAGCCUCGACUCGGCGGCCGGCGUGCCCCCGGAGACGGACACCUUCGCGCCCCCCAAACGCGACGUCUCUCGGACAUUACGGCUCCGCGAUUCAGUAUGGGUGCGGCAGGCCAUGGACGAUUUAGUAGCAGCGGAAUUCGCUCUACGCUUGGAGCUCGAGGAGUCCCAGCAGGACGAGGAGGAGUCCUUUGUUGAUUUUGCGCGACUGCGGGAACAACUUGAUAGCAGACUGGUCGAGCUCGAGUCCGGUGCUGGGAAGAGUAAAAUAGCCGCGCGAGACCGAGCAGCAUUGCGUUCAAGAGCAAGAGACACCGCAGCAGCUCUCGCGGACGCCGAGGCCGCGGCGGCGGCCCGCCGCUCGUCCGACCACGUCGAGGAGGUCGUCGAAGAGGAAGAGGACAAGCAGUUCUGGCGGGAGUUGUUGGCCGAGUUGCGGCGCCGAAGGGACGCCGUCGCGGAACUGGGCUGGUACGCUCUCAAAGGACCGCCCAAGAACAAACUGCAGACGAACAGGACCGCUGUACUUUAUGUGAGGCAAGACGGAAGUGUCGAUUGGGAGGGCGCCUUGCAAGGCGCCAAGGCGGCCACGGCCUUCUCCGUAGACUUAUGGAGACGCAUCAACGGCGUCUCCGAGGAACCGCCGGCGACCGAUGAACCUGAAGUAGAAGUGCCCUUCGCCGAGUCCGGGAGCUUCUCGCAGCAGAGAAGGGAGGCCGGUUUGAAGGCCAAGGCGUCGCAGGCCGUGUCGGCGGCCGAGGCUCUGUUGGCGGCGAGGCAGGCUUUGGACGACGUCGACGAAAUAAGUGGCGCGAAGGCUCGCGCUGCGUUCCGGAGAGCGACGGCUCUGUUGGGCGAGGCCGAGGGCAACUACGUGUCUGCGAGAUUGGAGUUGGCUUUAGAACGGUGCUGUGCCGCGCUAGAAGCUUCCUUAGAUGCGUCGACGUCACCGGUGGAGAUCCAGGACAGACGAGUCGUGGCCGAGUUCGCUCUAUUGGACGCUCAGUUGGUAGCGUUGGCCCGGGACGCUCGCAGUGUCGGUGCGGCUAUCUUGCGAGCGGAAUUGGACAUGCUCGGCAAGGAGAUCCGAGAUUUCAGUAAUAGGUUAGGAAUCGACCGGUUCGAUAAUGUGAGGGCCUUUUACGACGCGCUCAAGGCGAGCGGCGAGUUCGAGGACUCUGCUUUAUUAUUGGUGUUCGACGAGGCGCAACUCGGUAAAUUGGCGGGCGGUUCGAAGGAGCGGCCCCAGGAGACGUCACUAGGGUUGUUAUUGCGCUCUAGGGCGGCGAAGGCCGGUUCGGGCAAGCGCUUCAGCUCGAACAUGCUCUCAGGCGUAGGAGCCUUCUACGACGCCAUCGCGAACUUCCUGUCUUCCAUGCGGACGCAAAUCAGUAGGGGAUGGACCUUUUAUGUCGACGGUUCACGGCUGCUCUUCAACGAUGUGGGCUUCUCGGCGUCGCUUGUUGGUCGUGCGUUUGCUGGCGAGACGCUGGUGCCUCGCGACGUGCGCGUACUCCGGAGGACGGUGAAGGACCUGCUCACGACCGUGCCCUUCAUUAUCAUCCUGCUGAUACCUCUGUCACCAGUGGGCCACGUCUUCGUCUUCGGGGCGAUCCAGCGCUUCUUCCCGGACUUCUUUCCCUCGUGCUACACCGAGCGGCGGCAGAAUUUGGUGAAGUUGUAUGCCGCGGCCGAACUAGAUCGACUACCGGAGCGGCGGAAGCCGGGCGCGGACACGAUCUUCAAGCUCUAGGUCUGGGUAACUUGUGGGUUUGGGUCUUA